GUCGCAUUUGGUGGUCCUGUGCGCAGUCGACGCGGCCCUAGUACACAAUACCGAAUGCGAACGACGAAAUGCCUAAGGAUCAGUGACCGGUGUCCAUGUGCAGUGAUCAAACCUAGUGAUAGUUUUGUUGUGUGCUUGUGAUAUGACGAGGGCGAGCACGAGCGUUUGAUCGAGCCACUCGCAGCAGCGGAUCUUAACGAUCAGGCUGGUGACCACAUGUCGGCUUCAUAAUGGUCAUCGUUACCAGAGGUGAUUACAUAUGGAUCGAGCCGGUGUCGGGUCGGGAGUUCGACGUGGCGAUCGGCGCGCGGGUGCUCGCAGCCGAGGGGCGACGCAUCCGCGUACGAGACGACGACGGCCAGGAGCAAUGGCUGCCGCCGGAGCGCCGCAUCAAGGCCAUGCACGCCACCUCCGUGCAUGGAGUCGAGGACAUGAUCUCGCUCGGUGACCUACACGAGGCCGGGAUCCUAAGAAAUCUUCUCAUACGAUAUAAUGAAAAUCUUAUUUACACAUAUACGGGUUCUAUAUUGGUGGCAGUGAAUCCUUACCAAAUACUACCAAUAUACACAGCAGACCAAAUAAAACUAUACAAAGAGAGGAAAAUAGGUGAGCUGCCCCCGCACAUCUUCGCUAUCGGUGACAAUGCAUAUGCACACAUGCGCCGCUACAGCCAGGACCAGUGCAUCGUUAUCAGUGGAGAAUCUGGCGCUGGGAAGACUGAAUCCACAAAGCUUAUUUUACAAUACUUAGCCGCUAUUAGUGGCAAGCAUUCUUGGAUAGAACAACAGAUUCUAGAAGCAAAUCCAAUUUUGGAAGCAUUUGGAAAUGCAAAAACGGUCAGAAACGACAAUUCAUCAAGGUUUGGAAAGUAUAUUGAUAUACAUUUUAACAGUAGUGGAGUUAUUGAAGGUGCUAAAAUUGAACAAUAUUUAUUAGAAAAAUCUAGAAUUGUAUCCCAAAGUAUGGAAGAAAGGAAUUAUCACGUAUUCUACUGUUUGUUGGCUGGACUUUCCAAAGAAGAAAAGAGGAGACUGGAUUUAGGAGAACCGACAGAAUAUAGAUAUUUAUCUGGUGGUGGCUGUUUCACUUGCGAAGGAAGGGAUGAUGCUGCCGAAUUUGCUGACAUUCGAUCAGCUAUGAAAGUUUUAUUAUUUACCGAACCAGAAAUUUGGGAAAUUUUAAAAUUAUUAGCAGCAGUUUUACAUUGUGGUAACAUUAAAUAUGAGGCGACAAUUGUAGAUAAUUUAGAUGCAACAGAAAUUAUAGAACAGGCUAACGUACGUAGAGUUGCAAACUUGUUGGGAGUGCCUACACAAUCUCUCAUAGAUGCACUAACGAGGAAAACACUUUUUGCACACGGCGAAACUGUUGUAUCAACUCUAAGCAGAGAUCAAUCAGUAGAUAUUAGAGACGCUUUCGUCAAAGGCAUAUACGGACGGCUUUUUGUCACGAUAGUAAAGAAAAUAAACGCCGCAAUUUACAAACCAAAAUCUACGAUGCGAACAGCGAUUGGUGUUUUGGAUAUCUUUGGAUUUGAAAACUUCGAUCACAACAGCUUUGAACAAUUUUGUAUCAACUUUGCUAAUGAAAACCUGCAACAAUUUUUCGUCAGACAUAUUUUUAAAUUGGAACAAGAAGAGUAUAAUCAUGAAGGAAUCAAUUGGCAGCACAUAGAGUUUGUCGAUAAUCAAGACGCUCUAGACCUGAUUGCAUUAAAACAGUUGAACAUCAUGGCUUUGAUCGAUGAGGAAUCUAAGUUCCCUAAGGGUACUGAUCAAACUAUGUUGGCAAAACUACAUAAGACGCACGGUCUUCAUAGAAAUUAUCUUAAACCUAAGUCAGAUAUAAAUACUAGUUUUGGAUUAAAUCAUUUCGCUGGAAUAGUAUUUUACGAUACUCGCGGCUUUCUUGAGAAAAAUCGUGAUACAUUUAGCGCUGAUCUGCUCCAGUUGAUUCACAUAUCAACAAAUAAAUUCUUACAGCACAUUUUUCAAGAAGACAUUAUAAUGGGUUCGGAAACACGUAAAAGAGCUCCAACGCUAUCGACCCAGUUUAAAAAGUCAUUAGACUUGUUAAUGAGAACUUUAGGUACUUGUCAACCGUUCUUCAUUCGAUGCAUUAAGCCGAACGAAUUUAAGAAACCAAUGAUGUUUGACCGUGGCCUUUGCUGUAGGCAGCUUCGAUACUCUGGAAUGAUGGAAACCAUCAGAAUCAGGAGAGCAGGUUAUCCGAUCAGACAUAGCUUUAAGGAAUUCGUAGAGCGGUACAGAUUUUUAAUUUCUGGAGUUCCUCCAGCUCACAAGACUGAUUGUCGUGCGGCGACUGCAAAAAUUUGUGCCACUGUUCUUGGUAAAUCUGAUUACCAACUAGGCCAUACCAAAGUAUUUUUGAAGGAUGCACAUGACUUGUUCUUAGAACAGGAAAGAGAUAGAGUACUAACUAGGAAAAUAUUAAUACUACAGAGGUCGAUUCGUGGCUGGGUGUACCGCAGACGGUUCUUAAAGAUGCGAGCGGCAGCCGUAUUAAUUCAACGUCAUUGGCGAGGGAAGUUGCAGAGAAUCCGGUACAAUAAGAUGAAAGUCGGAUAUGCCAGGCUCCAGGCGUUGAUCCGUGCGAGAGUUUUAGCGCAUCGUUUCAGACAUUUGCGGGGUCAUAUUGUUGCGUUACAAGCAGCAGCUCGUGGCUAUUUAGUCCGUCGCUCGUACGGCCACAAGAUGUGGGCAAUAGUUAAGAUCCAAAGUCACGUGAGACGUCUGAUCGCCAUGCGACGAUACAAACGUUUAAAACAAGAGACCAUCGCACACAAUGAAGCUUUACGUCUCAGAAAGCAGGAGGAGCAGAGAUUACAGCACCAGGGCAACACACGUGCUAAGGAGAUCGCCGAGCAGAACUACAGGGAGCGCAUGUAUGAGUUGGAAAGACGAGAAGCCGAAUUAGCUCUAGAGGAGAAACGUCAACUAGAAGCUAAAAGGACGUUGCUUCAAGAAGCAGCUCGUAAGCAAGACGAACCGGUGGAUGAUAGCAAGCUAGUGGAAGCCAUGUUUGAUUUCCUACCCGAUUCCAGCAGUGAGGCCCCUGCCCCUAAAGAUACGUCCAUGUUUAGUGAUUUGCCACAGGCGAGAGCCGAUCAACAAGAGAUGGUGACUCCAAUGCAAACAACGUCCGAAGACGAAGAGGACCUUUCAGAAUUUAAGUUCCAAAAGUUCGCAGCCACAUACUUUCAAGGGAACGUUACUCACCAGUAUUCGAGAAAACCGCUUAAACAUCCAUUAUUGCCUUUACAUACACAAGGCGAUCAGUUGGCUGCUCAAGCUCUAUGGGUGACCAUAUUACGAUUUACAGGAGAUCUUCCCGAGCCUCGGUACCACACUAUGGACCGAGAUAACACAUCUGUCAUGUCAAAAGUUACAGCUACAUUAGGCAGAAAUUUCAUUCGAUCCAAAGAAUUUCAAGAAGCUCAAAUGAUGGGCGUCGAUCCCGAUGCUUAUUUGAACAAGCAAAAGCCGAGGUCGAUUAGACACAAGUUAGUCUCAUUGACAUUAAAGAGGAAGAAUAAACUUGGUGAAGACGUGAGAAGAAAACUUCAGGACGAGGAAUAUACAGCCGACAGCUAUCAAUCGUGGCUCGAAUCGCGACCGACGUCAAACUUAGAAAAGCUUCACUUUAUUAUUGGACACGGUAUACUCCGCGCGGAACUGAGGGACGAAAUAUAUUGUCAGAUCUGCAAACAGUUGACCAAUAACCCUUCUAAGUCUUCCCAUGCCCGUGGAUGGAUUUUACUGUCAUUAUGCGUUGGUUGUUUCGCACCCAGCGAAAAAUUCGUCAAUUACCUAAGAGCCUUCAUACGAGAAGGACCUCCUGGUUACGCGCCGUACUGCGAAGACAGACUGAAGCGUACCUUUAAUAAUGGUACAAGAAAUCAACCACCAUCGUGGCUAGAGCUUCAGGCCACUAAAUCAAAGAAACCUAUAAUGUUACCAAUAACCUUUAUGGACGGUAACACUAAAACACUAUUAGCAGAUUCAGCCACUACUGCCAGAGAGCUUUGCAAUCAAUUGUCUGAUAAAAUUGGAUUGAGAGACCAAUUUGGUUUUUCUCUAUACAUUGCUUUAUUUGAUAAAGUCAGCUCACUUGGAAGUGGUGGAGAUCACGUAAUGGAUGCAAUAUCACAAUGCGAACAAUAUGCCAAAGAACAGGGUGCGCAAGAGAGGAAUGCGCCGUGGAGGUUAUUCUUUAGGAAAGAGAUCUUCGCCCCGUGGCAUGAUCCAACUGAAGAUCAAGUAGCCACGAAUCUAAUAUACCAGCAAGUAGUAAGAGGAGUGAAAUUCGGUGAAUACAGAUGUGACAAAGAGGAAGACCUGGCUAUGAUCGCAGCACAACAAUACUACAUCGAAUACGGACAGGAUAUGAACACGGAACGUUUGUACACUUUGCUGCCUAAUUAUAUUCCGGAUUACUGUUUGACAGGAGUUGAAAAAGCGGUCGACCGAUGGGGUGCGUUGGUAGUGCAAGCUUAUAAAAAGAGCUACUACGUAAAAGAGAAAAUUCCAGCAUACAGAGUAAAAGAGGAUGUAGUGAGCUACGCGAAAUUUAAGUGGCCUUUACUGUUCUCGAGAUUCUACGAAGCGUACAGAAAUUCAGGCCCCAAUUUACCCAAAAACGACGUUAUUAUAGCAGUGAAUUGGACAGGAGUGUAUGUAGUAGAUGAUCAAGAGCAAGUGUUGUUAGAGCUAUCUUUUCCAGAAAUCACAAGCGUAUCAAGUCAAAAAACCAAUAAAGUUUUCACGCAAACCUUUAGCUUAUCAACUGUGCGCGGAGAGGAAUUCACGUUUCAGAGUCCCAACGCGGAAGAUAUUCGAGACUUGGUAGUAUACUUCCUAGAGGGAUUGAAAAAGCGAUCAAAAUAUGUUAUAGCUUUACAAGAUUAUAAAGCGCCCGGGGAAGGUUCAAGCUUCUUAACUUUCCAAAAAGGAGAUCUGAUAAUUUUAGAGGAAGAUAGCACCGGUGAGUCAGUACUUAAUAACGGCUGGUGUAUAGGCCGUUGCGAAAGAACAAUGGAGAGAGGCGACUUUCCAGCCGAAACAGUGUACGUGCUACCGGCGCUGACAAAACCACCGCCAGAUAUUUUGUCCUUGUUUUGUCAAGAAGGGGCACAGCACGGUCGUCGAGUGCCCACCAGUACAUUUAAUGGGACUGAAACAAGGGAUAAGCCUCACACGCUGAUAGAAUAUGCAAUAGAUCAUUUUAGACUGCCACCAAAGCGUACGGUGUCGAAGGCACUCACAUUAUCAACAGCGAAGAGAGGUGGAGUUGAGGAGCUAUGGAGACAUUCUCGAGAGCCUAUAAAACUGCCUUUAUUGAAAAAACUUCAGGCCAAAGAAGAACUAGCAGAGGAAGCCUGCUUCGCGUUUACAGCUAUACUGAAAUAUAUGGGCGACUUACCUUCAAAACGACCUCGUAUCGGAAACGAGUAUACUGAUCAUAUUUUUGACGGCCCUUUAAAACACGAAAUAUUACGUGAUGAAAUAUACUGCCAAAUUAUGAAACAACUAACAGACAAUAGAAAUCGAAUGUCUGAAGAAAGAGGAUGGGAAUUAAUGUGGUUAGCGACGGGUUUGUUUGCAUGCAGUCAGGGAUUGCUGAGGGAACUAACUCUGUUCCUAAGAACUAGGAGAUAUCCAAUAUCUCAAGAUUCUCUUCAAAGAUUGCAAAAGACGUUGAGAAAUGGUCAGAGGAAGUAUCCUCCGCAUCAGGUUGAGGUUGAAGCGAUACAGCAUAAAACAACACAAAUAUUCCAUAAAGUGUAUUUCCCGGACGAUACCGACGAAGCGUUCGAAGUAGACUCCUCAACAAGAGCGAAAGACUUUUGUCAGAAUAUAGCACAGAGACUGAAUCUCAGAUCUAGUGAAGGCUUUAGUUUGUUUGUUAAGAUAGCUGAUAAGGUGAUAUCGGUGCCAGAAGGUGACUUCUUCUUCGACUUCGUACGACACCUUACUGAUUGGAUCAAGAAGGCGCGACCCACACGUGAUGGCAUUACACCACAGUUUACAUAUCAGGUGUUCUUUAUGAAGAAGCUGUGGACGAACACGGUGCCGGGCAAGGACCGCGCGGCGGACGUGAUCUUCCACUUCCACCAGGAGCUGCCGAAGCUGCUGCGCGGCUACCACCGCUGCGGCCGCGACGAGGCGGCGCGCCUCGCCGCGCUCGCCUACCGCGCGCGCUUCGCCGACAACAAGCAGGAGCUGCAGGCCAUACCGCAAAUGCUUCGCGAACUGGUCCCAGCGGAUUUGAUAAAACUCCAAAGUUCAGCCGACUGGAAGCGCGCUAUCGUGGCAUCAUACAACCAGGAUUCGGGAAUGACACCCGAGGACGCUAAGAUCACCUUCCUCAAGGUUAUUUACCGGUGGCCAACGUUUGGUUCUGCCUUCUUCGAAGUGAAGCAAACCACUGAACCCAACUAUCCUGAACUUUUGCUCAUCGCAAUCAAUAAGCAUGGUGUCAGUCUAAUUCAUCCACAAUCGAAGGACAUAUUAGUCACGCACCCCUUCACCAGAAUCUCCAACUGGUCCUCCGGCAAUACGUACUUCCACAUGACCAUUGGGAACCUCGUCCGGGGCUCCAAACUGCUUUGUGAAACCUCAUUGGGCUACAAGAUGGACGACUUGCUCACCUCUUACAUAUCCCUCAUGCUUACCAAUAUGAAUAAGCAGCGUUCUAUUCGAGUAAAAUAAGUGCUUAUAACACUGCUUAGAUUAUCUGUGGAAUAAUUGUUUUGUAUAUUAAUAUAUCGAAUACAGUCGCUUAGCAUUAACUUGUUUUUAGCGUGUACUUUAAUUGCUUUUAGAUUUCGCCUUAUACAAUAUCAAUUAGUAAUUUAAAUUUCAUUCCGCCACGUACAAUAUUACGAACGGAAUAAACUCAAUUUUUCUUAGCUCCUCCCAAAGUAAUUUUAAUAAACUGUAAGUGUAUUUCAAAAAGGUCAAUCAAAUUAGCAAUAACAUUUAUUUUGCUAUAUAAUAAAGUUAUUUCGUUUGCGAAUAAUCUGUGUAUUUGGCAUUAUGAUUGUACUAAAAUAUAGUCUUAAAACUAUUAUUAUGAAUCGAAAAAUAAAGACUAAAAUGUACCGUUAAAAUAUUUACAAUGAACUAAAUAUUAGAGACGUGGUAGCUCAGAGAAUAAUAUUAGAGUAAGCAAGUUCGCUAGCAGCAAUGAAAUUGUUACUUGCAAUGUUAAUUGCUGAUUUAUUACGUGCUCGGUGAUGAAGAAAAACAUCGUGUGAAAACCUACAUUCGCCAACGCACUGGGGCAGGGUGUCGGACAUUUGCUGCAUCAAAACACUCUUACAAAUUGGAGGCUUUGUCUUUUUAAAAUAUGAACGCUUUAAGUGCUUAAAGGUAUUCAUCACUACCAUCAUAUUUGGAUUAUCAUUGUAACGAUAGAAUCAAGUGCACAACGCAGACGUAAGAGUUAGAAUGAAAAUCUUUAUCUAUGUUAUUUAAUACUGUAUUUAAUUUAUAUAUGUACCAGUAAUAUUUAAAAGGCUCCGUCCAAAUGUUUAUGAAAUUGUGUAUUUUAUUAAAAUUUUUCGAUUUAACAUAGAGUAUGUUUGCUUGAAUUGCAUGAAAUUAAAAUAUUUUGUAACAAUUUUAUAAAUGUAAGUACAAUUUAUUUAUCGCUUUCUACUUGUUAAAUUUAUAUCGAAAAUAGUCAAUAUUUAUAACAAAUAGAUAUUAUCGAAAUAUAUCUGAUUUUAGGGGUAUCUAAUUAUAUAACAAAAAUGCAUAUUAGUUAAACUGCAUUUAAAUAGUCCAGUGCUAUUAUAUUGCAGGGAAUAUUUCAUACCACAUUCCAUGUUAAGACGAUAAAAGAUCUGCUAUUUUACAAUUAUUUAUACAUUAUAAGGUUUUCGGUACAGACGCUUUGCGAUCAAGAAUCGUUAAUAAAAUAUUUCCUAUAUUAUAAGUGCCUAAUCAAUUACUAUAACUAAUAUAGUCUAUAUUUACCAAGGGACCAAGAACAUAAGUUAUUAUACAAAGGUGUCAGUGAUGAUGUCAAUUUGCUAAUCAAUUGUACACACAGUUACUAGUAUAAUACGGCCCUUAACAAUGUGAGUAUAAGGAUAAAAAGGGUAUCAGAGAAGGUGGUUUUGGUGUUCGAUAAAAAUAUUUUAAAUGUUGAGUUUGUAACACUCAUACUGUGCAUGAUAAAAUACAAUGUAUUUAUUUGAACAAGCUAAGUUACGUGUAAUUUAGUUAUCGAUGUUAUGCCAUGAGUCCGAAGACAUUAUAAUUUUGUUUGUUUUAUUAUUGCUUUAAAUUCUUUAAAGUUGCAUUUGUGAGUGGUUGUAAACAUGAGUCACAAUG